AUGAAAUCAAAUGAAUUAAACCGAGCGAAAGAGGUUGAUAAUCAGAGUCUUCAUUCAACAGUCGCUAGAUUUGGAGAUGUAAUUAAAAGCAACGAUUUGAUGGAAAAUGAGUUAAAAGCAGCAGAAACGUCAGUGAGUUUAUGUAAUGUGGACAGUGAAGUUGAUUUGGAUGUCACGGCGUUUGGCUGCCAGGACGAUGAUCAAGCCCAUGGCCUAUCUCAAAAUGAGUCCAAAGAUUUAGAUGAAGACAGAAUUUCUGAGAGAAAUUCUAGUGAGGUUGUUGAAGAAGUUGAUGUGAUAGAUGUUGGAUUUAAUGACUAUCCUUGUGAUCAAAUUUCUGGCUCACAAUUAAGAAUGGUGGAUCAUGACAAGUUGGGGAAAAUCAACAGCAAGACCUAUAAUGAAAGGUUAUUUCAGUUGCAAUUUGAAACAUUGGAUAAGAAAACAAAAAGUGAAGCUCAUGGUGUGGAAAAGGAGUCCCCUACUGUAGAGACUAACCUGUGGCAUGACCAGUUUUUGAAUGGCAAUGGAGAGGAUGAUGACUACAAUCGCUUCUAUUUUGAGUCUGAUCAUUUGGCACUAAAAGAUAAUAAACAGUAAGUAUUACUUAGUCACUUUUAGUAAUGCAGUAACUACUUUUUAACUGUGAGUCUUUCCAUUUUUAAUUCCGACUUUCCAAUAUUUACCUAAAAAAAAACUCCAUUUUAGUAACUUUAUUGAAAAUACAACUUCACUGUAGUAAAUCUCAUCAUGAAAAUGUGACGCCAUCCAGCAGCACAUCUCCAAUAGCCUAUUACUCAGAAGAAGCCCCCCCCCCCCCUAGUGGCUGGGUAAAAGAACCAAACAAGCAAACAGACCAACAUAUCUUUCUGGUCUGAAUUUAUUUUGAAAAGUAACAAGUGGGUGCCACUUUUUUUAACUCUUCCACACCCAAGAUCUCUUUAAUAAUUCUCACUAGUACUGCUAUACAAUUCUCAUGAUGCCAUUUUGGGAGAAUUUGGUUUUGGGUAAACUAAUAAUCCCCUAAUUGAUAUUUAUUUUUCUCUAUUCUCUUCACUUGCCUGCUUUAUGUUGUAUUGAUAUUGUGAAGGGAAACUCUGCCAUUGUCACUCAUGGGAGUGAAAGGGUUAAUAUGUUUUUGUUUCUUUUUACUAUUUUUUAUUACUUUUUUCAUUUGAAUGUGACUUUGUGUAAAGUGUCAUGAGUCUUUUGUAAUCACUCUAACUCUUUUAAGAUUAAUGAGGACCUAGAUGUAGUUAUAGAGGAUUUUUAUAGAGGAUUUUUUAUCUUCUUUUGCACCAGCUAUCAUUUAUUGUUACAAACAUUGUUGGUUUUGGAGUCUCAGAGGAGUCAAGCUGUCAAGGUAAUCAAAAUUAUUAUUCUUGAAAUAAUGUUUCAAUAUUUGUGAGACAUAACCCACCACCAGGUUUGAGGUAAGGUUGUAGAGUGCCAGACUGCAGUAUUCAAGCCCCAGACCAGGCAACAUCCAGGUUCUUAAAAUAACUGAGGAGAAUGUGCUACUUUUGCUAUCAAAUCUGCAAAAUUCAACAUUGUAGUCUUUUUGGAGAUGGAUGAGAAAGCAUAGCCUCCUGCAUUUUGAGGGCAUCCACAGGUUGCCCACAGGCCCCACUUUAUGUGUCUUAAAUAGUGAAGCUAGAUAUGCAUCUAAUAAUGUAUGUUUUGGCUAAACUUGAAGCAUGGGUCAAUCUUUUUUUCCUUUGUGUUUGCUAAAGGGAUUAUGUUGGCUUUGAGACAUGUAGUUUCAAACUAACUAAUCCAUAGGAGAGAUUUUGUUCAUGAUGUACUGGUAUAGAUACCUGUUUAUGGUGUAACUCUUCUCAUUCUUUCCUAUUUCAAAGGAUCUUGAUAACCUUUAUGAACAGCAGGUGAAAGCUCUCCAGGAUCCUGUUAGCUUUGUGGAGAAGCUCCAAAAUAAGGUGAUAUUAUAUUCUAAGAAAAUGAUUUUGGCUUUUGAAGAUGAUCUCUGUCAGUAUGUUGCAUAAGUUUUGAUAAAAAGGCAACUUUUUAACCAUUUGACCCCUAAGAGUGACAAACAUCUAAUUUCUCCUUACAAUAUCACCCCCGAAUACCACAUAAAGGUCGCGAGAAUGAAGGAAACAAUCAGCCACUAAAGAAGCUCUUGAUUGUUAAACAAAUCUUCCUGGUCAGCACUUUAGGAAAUGUAUAGAGAACAGUACAGAGGAUAUACGCAUACUGAUGUUAGGGUGCAAAGGGUUAAUGAAUGGUACUCAGUUUGUUCAAUUCUAUCAAAGCCACAUCUAUUUAUUUAAAAAAAAAUUUGAAAUAAAGCCCUCCUUUUAAAAUUAGGACCUGCUGCAGGUAGUUACAACCUUUGUCAAGUUUUGUUGACACAGGGGGAAGGGGAAAGGUAUUAUCAAUUGUGAUGAGGAGGGUGCACAGUUCAAUGUUUUUUUGUAACAUCUUAUAAAUGUUACAAGGACUAGUGGAAGAUUUGCUAAAAGAAGCCCUAUAAACUUGAGGCAAUUUUUGUUUUAACUUAAGGAACACUUAGAUCUCCCACCGCGGCAGAAGAUUGUGAAGCUGCCACCAGUUCCUUGGGAGGAGUAUACAGUAUCACUGAGUGCAAUAGAGAGACAGAGAUUGAGUAAUCCACACCUCACUAGAGCCAGUGCAAACAAUGUGGGAAAAGGUACAAAGAGACAAUAAUUGUUUUAAUAUAUUAGACUUAUUAUGAAAAAAUCUGAUUGGUUGAGAGCUUCAAUCAAUAAACAAUAGCAUGUGAAGUUUAUAUGAUAACCCAAUAUCUGCAGCAGAUAAUGCAUUUAUCUUGUUGAGUUCAAAGUCUGCCUAGUUUCUAAACCCCUCUUCCAUUUAAUGUUAGCAAACUUUUGCAAACUCAUAGAGAAACUCAAAAUGGCUGAAUGAUUACAAGUAAAAAAUGUAUGAAAAAACAAUUAUUGAAUUUGGCUUUGGCAAGAUAUCAUGAAGUAUCAGACCUGGUGUCUGUGUUACCUGUCUCAGCCUUAAGCCAUGGUUGAUGACUCAGACUUCUGUUUUAAUAAUUUAUGAUAUUAUGCAAAAACUACAUCCACUUAUUGCUUAUUAUAAUUGUGAUCAGAAUAUAAAAUUUAUUUUUGAAUUCAAGAGGCUGACAAUAAUGCACAUCCAGUAAACACAUGUAUUGUGAAAAUUGUAACAUACAAGUUCACUGCAAACUGUUCAGCCAAGAUUAAUUUGGGAUAAUUAUAAUUUUCUUCUGCCACGACUUUGAUCUCAGAAUUUUUGCCAAUAUAUACUGUAUACUAAAGAUAUAGUAGAUAAUUAAGAGAAAUUAGAAUCUUUUAUGCAAAGUUUACAAUCAUUUUAGAGAAUCUUUGCAAGGAAUACAAAAAAAAAAAAACUCUUUAAUGACAGUAAUAGUGAACAUUCAUGAAUGUCAAGGCAGCUGUUAGGAAUGUUUCAAUUAUACAAAUGAUAAAGUUGUGACACGUGCAAAUGAAACAAGACAUUUCAAAUGAUACAGUUUAUAAAGUUGAUGUUUAUCACUAGUUCCAUGUACCAGCGCAAGAAACCUUAGCCAAGUUUAAGCCAUUUUGACUUAGUGCAUUGUCAAUAACACAUCUUAAUGCAACAUUUCAUAUUGAUAGUGAAAAACCUUAACUCGUUGGAAGAUCUCAUUUGCAAUUCUCCUUACUUUCUGGUAUACAAUUCUUAUGAUAUUAGUUUGGAUACUUUGAUCUUGAAUGAACUUAUUAUCCCCUACUUGAUAUUUUUCUUAAUUUUUUUCUAAUGUUUGUCUGCUUGAUAUUGCAUUGAUAUUGUAAGGGGAAAUUUCCUUCUUGGUCACCUGUGGGUAUUUAAGGGUUGACUUACCUACCUAUACUUGUCUGGUUGAAAGACCUCAUCAUUUGGUGGUCUCUUAAUGUUUGAAAACAUAAUGAAAUCUUUCAGUAAAAUCAUGAUGUAUCGGCAAGUACUAUGAAUGUGUAAGAAUAGAAAUAUAAUUUUUUCCAGCAACUGAAUCAUCAUUGCAAAGUUCUGAUGCAAGUGAGACCUCCUCAACUGCACCUUCAGAGAGCAAUGUAUACAGUGUCUUUGGAGGAGGGUUUGUGGCAAGCAGGCAAGGAAAACCACUAGAACGAGAAAGGUGAGUGUCCUGUCAAAUUUUAGUUUAACCUUCAGCAAUCCAAAACAAUUGGUGGAGAACAAGUUAUUGUUACUUUCCAUAGUGCAAAGUAGCUCAUAGAAGGGCAAAUAAGGAAGAAUCCCUCUGAAAACACUUAGAAUGGUGUUGCAUCUGGUUGUCCAAGACAUCAUGCCUUCCCUGCUGGACGAUCAAUGUUUUUGCUUUCUGUGUUUCAGAUUUUCAACUUUAAGAUUUUAAACCAAUCUUAGAUAGCAAGCUAGUGUGUGGACUCUCUCUUUCAGCAUAGGAUCACGAAAAAGUACCUCCCAGGCCUGUAAACUGUAAUGAUGUUAAUUCUGAAAACACAGCAUUACUUUUUGUAAUGUUGUGCAAGUUUAAGCCAAAAUUUUAUUUAUUUAAAUUGUAGUUAGUCACAAGUUUUCAAGGCAACAAACAAUGUCAUAAUUUAUCUUUUCUCUGCAUUGUGGGCAAACAUUAUUUUUUUCUUGUAUUUGUGACCAUUUUCUUAAUUAACAGUCUGACAAGUGCCUUCACUCCAAGAGGUGGUGACUUAAAGAAUGGACAAAGCGAUAUGAAACCAGUAACCUUCAAUCAGCCAUGGACUACUGAAGAACAGGUUUGUCUGGUUUUACCAUUGCAUGCUAGAACAGAAAAAAUAGGGGAAAUUUGUGUGUAGUAAUCAAUGUCAAUCUUUUAAUGAAACUAGCUGACUCUUGGUAUGUAGGUUUAUGGUUUCUUUGGCUUAAAUAUUCCACCUAUCAUUUCCCUGUGGCCUUUGAGGCAUCAAUGUGUUGCCAACUUGUCAGUUAACAUUUACAACCUUUCAACUACCUACUAUAAAAGUUUACAGCAGAAUGUACCCUCAGUUGCAAUGGAAUUUAACCUUUUUUUGAGGGGUGAUGAUGGAACUUUUGGACACCAGCCUUACAAGAUGCCAGUGGAUUGGACAUUUGACAAAUUUUGUUUCUCUUUCCAGGCUAAAUUGGAAAAGUUGUUGCAAAUGUAUCCCCAGGAGGAGAUUGAAUCCAAGAGAUGGGAGAAAAUUGCUGCUGCCCUAGGGAACAGAACUUACAAACAGGUUUUACUCCAAUUCUUCAUAUUAUUAUAAUUUGUUACAGUUAUUAUUAUUAUUUUAUUAAUUACUCUUUGCUUUAUGUACCAGCCACAGACAGAGAUUAUACAUGUAGGCAUCAUCAGGGCUAAUUCUGGUGCAUUUACAACAGUCUCAAUGAAACUAAUUAAGUUAUUUUUGCAAUAUCUGUCCUCUGACCUUAUGUCCAAUUUAUGGCUCUAAAUAUGUGAGGGGUGAAGGGAUACACCUCUGUCAUGCUUUGUUCAUAUCAGUGUUUUAUGGAAAAAUGUAAAAAUCAGAGCUGUUAAAUUCUUUUAGUAAUGUGAAUAUGAAAGUGUGGUGACAGACAGAAAUUUAACAAAAUACAGAUGAUCAUCUAAAUGGCCAAAAGUUUUUAUUUUAUUUUAUUUUCUUUGUCAUUAUCUUCAAAUCAUUGUGUCUUAGUUGUAAAAGAAUCUUUCUGAGAGUCAAGUCUCUGUAUCUCAAAUUGCGUACAUCUUUAACAUUUCUUUCCCAAGAUCUCAUUAGUAAUCUUUCUUACUGCCUUCCAUAUAAUUCUUAUGAUGUCAGUUUGGAGAAUUUGGUAUAGGAUCAACUAAUAAUCCCCUAAUUGACAAUUUUCUUUAUUCUCAUCUCUUGUCAUCUUGAUCUUUUAAUGAUAUUGUGAGGAGAAAUUUUGUCUUGUUCACUCAUGUGGGUCAAAAGAUGAGGUAAUCCUGGUAUUUAUCACAAGCAAUUAAGUAUUAUCAACUCAGUUGAUACCCUGUUACACUCUCCCACCGACGCACCACCACAGUUUCUUUAGAAAUUUACGUAAUCAGAAGUGCCUUGCUUGAUCAGAGAAUUCCCUUCGAUGGUUGAGAAGUACAAAAUUGAGGGAAAGCUCUAAAACCAAGGCCUCUUCAGUUUUUGGAUGUACCUCAAGAGAAAAUGAGCGGAAGAGAGGAGCAAUCAUAACGUUUCCCUGGAUAUGUCGAUUCCACAAAAAUUUUUUCGGUUCAGAACGAGACGGAAGUACGUUUCUUCAGACCCCAGGAACUUGAAUUCUCACCAGUAACAUUUCUUUUCUUUCUGAGUUUCUUUUCUUCGACAAUUUUGUAAUCCGCAUGCUGUCCGCCAAUAUUGUAGUUUUCACUCAAACCAUAGGGAUCGAAGUUAGACUUCACGCGCACAUGUCAGAAAAUAGUCUGAGACUUCCGUUCGAGAAAAUCCUAAAGAAUAGACCAUUUUCGAGUUUUAAAACCUUCACUUUUUUAAAAUGAAGCUAAGAGCAAAACCAUUCUUGUGAAAAAUGAGUCAUGUUUGCACAAGAAUAAAAUUAAAAAAAUAAUUUCGACAUGAAAUACUUGGCACCUACCCUUAUUUCAAAACAGACUUUGUGCAUCUCGAAAAUGGUCCAUAGUCACAUCUCAAGGCCCGCACUGGGGUUUUCCCUUCUUUUACUUUAUUUUAUCUUGACUCACAAUAAUGGAAAGCGUCCUAACCAUCUUAGAAUGCUCAUUCAAUUACUCUAAUUCCUCUAAGGUUGCCAGUCGAGUUCAGAAAUACUUCAUCAAGUUAGCUAAAGCAGGACUACCUGUACCUGGUCGUGUGCCCAACAUACCUCGGUUAGGAACCAGGGUAAGAGAGAAAACUUGAUUUAUGUUCCAGUUUUUCCGUUUUAAUGAUUUGUUUAUUUUAUUCAUUUCAUGUUUGCUCAUUACAAUGAUUGAUUGGGUGGGAAAGCAAAUGCAAGUCGUUGCUGAAAAGGAAUGAGAACAUCUUAGAAAUCACGUUGUUGAUAUGUGAAGAAUGAGUACUGAUUACACUUGCUUGAUACCACUUGUUCCUUGAGUAAUCACUACUAGAUUCAUCUUUUAAAAUCUGUUUAUUGAAAGAUCGGGAUAUCAGCAAAUACGUUUGUUAGCUCCAGGCUUCACUAGACUAGUGAAAUGGCGAGUUUUCUCCAAAAAUGCUUAUUGCACCUUUACUAGCUUUGCGAGUUGAUGUGUGAUAGAUCGACCCCUAGGACACAAAAAAUGAGCUACUUUAAAGUGUCCAAGUUAUCCUAUACGAUGGCACAACCUUGACAUGUUCUUUUUCAAAUCGUGUGGCCAAUUGGUCUUGCAGAGUAAACGGUCCUCCCAUCACUAUCAGACUCUUGGGUUUCGAAAUUCCACAUUUUUCCCUUCCUAUCGACCAAAAGUUUUAAUGGACGAAGAUGACGAAAUCUCAAGUGUAGCUACGGAUGAUACGACCGGAUAUCCAUCGGUAAGAUUAGUAAUUUAGCCUUUAGCUACGAUAUUUUUAUUCUUGCUUAUCAAAGCGCCUUUAUUAGCGAAUUAAAUAUCCAAAGAGUGUCAGAGAACACUUUCAUAUUAUGAAAGCUGUGACGUCUUCUUGACGUUAUCUAUUGCUGUUGUGUGGCUAGGAAAACAGCGGUCAAACAUGCGCUUGUGUAAACGUUUCAGCGGCCCGACAUGGUGCCCCAAGACCUUCAAGGCUGUCAGAGCCAAGUUGUUGUACAGUAGGAGUGUAAGAGAAACACACUAAGCUCAUAAGACAACGUUGGACAAACGAGAUACACAAAUAAGCUUUGUGUUCGUUAAGUCCCAAGUUUUCCUUUUGCCUUCUUUUGUUACCUAUUACAGACUUCUUUGAAGUUUUCCAUUUUUUUUUUAUAACUUUUGCGUGAAACUGCUGUUUUCUUAUGCCGUAGUUUUGAUGGAAAGCAUCGUUAUGGAAUACCGUAGACGCAGAUAAUUGUGACCCGACCUAGGGCUAGAUGCAAUUUAGUUAAAAUUACCAUGAAUUCUCAUUUGGUCUUUGUGGUUCUUUUAAUAUGCACCUUCAUCAUUGUGAUUAUUAUGGUUUUGAUUUAACAGCACUUUUGUACGAAGAGCGCCAUUUUGUGUAUAAUAUACAUUCUUGUAAACAAAAACACUUACUAACUUACUUUGUAUACUGUGUUUAUGAUAGGAUGAAGAAACUGUGCCAGUAGAUCAGCGGAAUACAGAGGAAUACAGAGAACUUGUGGAGCUGAAGAGACUAAAGAGGCAGAAACUGACGGAAUAUCAGGUACUGUAUAGAUAAUCACUUUUGAGAGUGGUAAACGUCCUUUGAAUAUUGCAGUGAAAGAAAAAAAGGAAAUUUGAAAGUUUACCAGAAUAUAUUUUCUAGGGUGGAUAUAUCUUUUUUAUUCUUUUCAUUAAGGUUCUCUUUCUCAUUUCUAACACAGCAUCAAUUGCAAAAUAUUUCAUUGCACCCCUUUAUUUAUACGAUAAUUAUUCCGCAAGGCAUAGUCAGUGGUCAGGCCUCAGGGAUCCUUUUCAUGUUGUUACAAAGCCUGCAGAAGACUCCUUUAGGCAGGUUUUGUGUUACAGAAACAUAAAUUUUUGGGACACCGUCUUGCACAGUAUGCGCUCAAAAUAAAAUGUGGUCAAGAGAAAAUAAUUUCCCUCUAUUUUGUCUUUCUGUGGCUAGACCCGUCUUCUUUUCUGCAUUUGAAGUCAUAUUUAAACCCCGACGUUUGCUAAAUCUUUUUUCGCCAAUUGUUUUGUUUAAGAAAGCUCUACAAGGAAUCAAUCACUUGGCCCCGACGUUUGCUAAAUCUUUUUUCGCCAAUUGUUUUGUUUAAGAAAGCUCUACAAGGAAUCAAUCACUUGGCCCCGACGUUUGCUAAAUCUUUUUUCGCCAAUUGUUUUGUUUAAGAAAGCUCUACAAGGAAUCAAUCACUUGGCCUAAAAUAGGUGGCUUAUCCAGUGCAAUGUUUCUUUAACAUCACUUACUUUUCUCGUUGAUUUUUUUGUGAUGAUUUGAUUUUUAUUACAUAGUUGUGGUAGACUCUCGGUUUUUCCGUGUUCUGCGAAUUGGCCCGAAUGCGUGUGCUUCGUUAACUACCCAACGGUCCGUCUUUUACGAAUUCGUCUUCUAAAAAAUAUAUAACCAUUGAUAAUGCCUGGUAUUUUUCUUCCGCAAAAAGAACCCAUUAUUACCUGAUAUUUGUCCACCUUCCCUGUGAAAAAGAAAACCUUCUUUGCCUUCAUGACUCAAUGUUCCCGAGACUUGAUCUCUUCUUAAAUUAUUUUUAUCUAAUUCAGUAUAAUGUAAAAUGUUAUAAGAAGAGCGAUGACGCCAGUUUGUUUAAACCGGUGACUUAUCUUCACAAGAGACAUUGCAUCAUUUUUCUUUCAUACUUUGGGGACAAUUAACUAUUUUGUUGGCUCUAUUCACACGCAACUGAGAUUCAAUAGAAGAUUUCUCAGAAUUUCUUUCACUGCAAUCCUUAUUUCUCGUAUUUUCCAACAAUAAAGCAAAGGGUUAAGCGUUGAAUUCAGAUAAAGCAACGUUGUUGCAAAGUAGCUCAUGAUCAUCAAUGAAACGCUUGCUGAACCGGCGGCGUGAACAAUCCAAACCAAACCGAAGGGAAGGUAGCAAAUUAUCAUUGUAGCGAAAACCCACAAAGUAGUGAACACUGUUUUUCUGUAUCGCAACAACUGCAAGGCUGAAAUUCCUUUGGGUUGACACCGUGGAGUAAUCUGAGCUUGGAUAUGAUUUUUGAGGCUGAGAUAGAUUCGGGUAUAACAGUAAGUGGAGAUUAUUAGCCAUGAAGACCACAUUAUGGUGUUCAAGAUGAUGAAAGCGUUGACGCCUGAAAACACUGCCAUGCAGACGGCAAUGGACAAUAACAAGAACAGAGUAGCGACCACUCUUGCUCGCUUGAUGGUUACAACUUGGCGGUACCUGAUCCUUAACAGCAAGGCGAGGUGUCUGUCCACGCUAAUUGCGGUCAUCGUCGCAAAUGAAAAUGUACUUGAGAAUAUGCUGACAAAAUUCCAGAUACUGUCGCUGAUUACACACAGAUUCCAACUUUGGUUGAGAGCAGUCAGAAGGGAAGCAACUGUUGCUGGUUGCACGAGAAGACCAACACCGAGAUCCGAGAACACCAUGCAACGAAGAAAUAAUUUGGAUGGAGGAUUAGGGGAUGAUUCUUUUUGAAGUGCAAUAAGGAUGAGCGCAUUUCCCAGUGUUGCUGUUAUGGAUGAUGCGAUGUUUAAAGCCACAAAAAUCGGUGUGAAAGUGGCAAACGGCUGUGGGAAUUCGCGAUAGAGGCGACAGUGCAGUGCUUGUAGUGAGUAAUUGGACAUACUCUAACGACGAGGUCAAGAUAAGUGAAAUUCUAGAGGUGAUUCCUGUAAUUUUAACAGAAACUGCUUAAUCGGAAGAAAAUGAAAGGAAUCACCUCUUUCCUGUCUUCGUAGUAACACUGCUUAUUUCAAAGCUCGCGUUUGAUAUUUGAAGGAAUACAUCUGCUCUUUCACAGCAAAUAAAAUACGAGUGGUAAGCAAUGAGUUCUUUUGUGAAAAAUUUCACCCUUAUGUAAUUGAAUAUUGUAUUGAUUAUUAAGUUUACCAUAUUGUACUCUCAACAAAGAAUAAAAGUCUUUUUUAUAAUAUUUAAUCUAAAUGAAAGGCUGCGUUAUGGAUUAGAAUGUUUUCCAAUUUUCUUUCAAAGUUAUUGUGAUUUUUUGGCUCAAUGUCGCCAAUUUUUAUCCUUUGAAAAUCAGAACCUGGAAUUUGUGGUUCCUGUUCAGUACUUAUGUAAAGUUCAGUAAUGAUUCAAAGGAUGAGCUGAUAGCUAUGGCGUUUUCGCUCAUCGGAAUCAAGGGGGCUUUUUUGUUAUUGUCACUACGUGCUGUCGUUGUACUCUUUAAAUUACUUUUGCUUGUAUUGUAAUGAAAGGAAGUUUGCUAACGGAAGAAAGGAAGAAGCUAUGUUUAUUGAGAUCGUGUACUUUCUUCUUUUGAGUGAUUGAUGGGCCUGUUCUAUUUCGAUAAAUGUUUUUCAGGAAAUUGUCGUCCAAUUCAUAUUUCAUGUUGUUCGAGUAAUACGCCUGUUAGAGGGAACUCUUUAGACAUGAAUGUUAUUUGUUGUAAUUAUUCAGAAAAUUUAGAUCUGGUAAAUUCUACUAUUCUUGCCUUAAAAAAAAUCUAAUGUUUGUGAAAGAUCUCUUCGGGUAUGGAAUACUUACGAGUGUUUACGUAUUUGGUGUGGAUAGGUGUGGUGCUAUUUAUGUUAUACAGUGAAAAUAUGCAGAACACAACAUUUAGCCCUUUACAUCCUAAUAUCAGUAUGCAUAUUCUCCACACUGUUCUCUAUAUAUUUCCUAAGGUGCUGACAAGGAGAAUUUGUUUAACAAUCAAGAGCUUCUUCAGUUGGCGAUCAUUUAAUUUAUUCUCAUGACCUUAAUGUGUGAUUCAGGUGUGAUAUUGUAAGGAGAAAUUUCAUGCUAGUCACUCUUAGGGGUCAAAUGGUUAAAGUAUUUUUUUUGCUUGGCCUUCUCUUUCCCUCAGUUCUAUCCUUGUUUUCGUUACUAUUGCCCAGAGAAGUUGCAACUCGAUCGUAUUUUGGAACUUUGUUGAGUAAAUUUUGCAGUAUGCCAGUUCUAAGGUAUAUUUCUUGAUAAAAGACCGUCUCCUUCAUGAAGGCAUUUUAGCUGUCCUCGCGCGAGGUGAUUAUAGCGAAAUAUGACGCAAUACUUGGCCAAUCAGUGUGUGCAUCUCUAUAAUCACCGAAACAACUAUAGUAAGAAAAAUUAAAAAAGGUGUAGCAUGUUAAAACUGUGUGUUCCAUUUCUUUUUCAAACGGACACUCUGGAAUUUGUUGGCACAUGGGUACUUGAUCUGGUUCGAUAGAGGGUGAUCAUGUUUGUAGUUUACAUCAGAACCAAGAGUUUGCCUCCACUUGCGAGCAUGUGUGACAUUGUAAGACUUCAACUGACUUUAACUUGAUAUUUCCGUUCUAUGAUCCGCACAACUAUCAAGCCAGAUUCCUGAGAAUUUCUUUUACUGCAUUCCUUAUUUCUCUGAUUUUCCAGCAAUACAGCAAAGGGUUAAGAGAUGAAUUGAAAUGAACCAAUGAGAUCGCAAAAUAGAAUAUCAUCAUGGAUGAAAUGGUUUGUGAAGUGGCUGAAUUAGCUAUGAAUACCAAAGCAACCGGAAAGUAGCAAAUUAUCAUCGCAGCAAAGAGCCACAAUGUAGUGGACACUGUUUUUCUGUAUCGCAACAAGUUCUCGGGUGAAAUCCCAUUGGGCUGGCCUUGUGGAGUGAUGUGAGCUCGGAAAUGAGUUUUGAGAGUGAGAAAGAUUCGCAUAUAACAGUAAAUGGAGAGUAAUAUCCAUGAAGACCACAUUAUGAAGUUGAAGAUAAUAAAAACGUUGGUGCUUAUGAGGACUGUAAAGCAGUUGGCAGUAGACGCGAACAAGAACAGUAGAACAACAAUUCUAGCUCGCUUGAUGGUUACAACCUGGCGGUACCUGUUCCUUAACAAUAAAGCAAGAUGUCUGUCCACACUAACAAUGGUGAUUGUUGCACACGAAAAUCCAGGAAAGACUGCGUUAAAAAAAAAUGAGAUAUACUCGCUGAUUAGACACAGAUCCCACCGUUGGUAAACAGCGAAUAAAAAGGAAAUAACUAUUGCUGGUUGCGCGAGAAGGCCAACACUGAGAUCCGAGAAUGCCAUGCAACGGAGAAAUAACUUGGACGGAGGAUUAAGGGUGGAUUCUUUUUGAAGUGCAAUAAGGAUUAGCGCAUUUUCCAGUGUUGCUGUUAUAGAUGAUGCAAUGUUUAAAGCCACAAAAACCUCAGUGAAAGUGGAAAAAUUUGAAAAGUUGCGAAUGAGGUGACAGUUCAGUCCUGCUUGUUGUGAGUAAUUGAACAUACUUUAACGACGAGGUAAAGAAAAGUGAAAUUCUCAGUAGAAGUGAUUCCAGUAAUCAUAACAGAAGCUGCUUGAUCGGGCAAAAAUGAAAGGAACUGCCGUUGUGCUUUCCUCUUUUUGUCUUCUUGGUAACACCUUUUAUCGCAAGAAAGCUGGCGUUUGAUAUUUGAACUGAAAAAUAUUUGUAAUUGGAACAUCUACUCUCAACAAUGAAUAGAGCGCGAAUAAUCAUAAAUGAGUUCUUUAGAUCAAGUUUUACCCGAAUUUAAUUGCAUAUUAUAUUGAAUAUUAGGUGAGCAUUGUAUUGAUGACGGUUCUAUGGUCUGAUAACUUUCCUAUUCGGGGAUCUCACGAGUUUUGGAAGAAUUGUACACGAUUGGUCAGCUUGAUGCCCCAAAAUAAUUGUCUUCUAAGAGUUUAUUUGGCGAAUUCAUGUCAAUAGUGUGGUAUUAAUGAAAAAUGUCUUGAGGGCACAGGAAUAACGAGAACAAAGAACUUCUCUAUUUGCAUAUUUAUUAAAAUCAGCAGAAUAAUCAAUGAGUGCUGGUAGUCCAAAUUUCACCGAAAGAAAUGGGUUGAUUAUUAAAUCUCCAUAUCGUAAUUUAAAAAUGAAUUUAGGAUCUUUUUGUGAUAUUCAUGGGAAUUGAAAAGCCACUCUACAAAGGAGGGUGGUGUUUCCUAUUUUUUCUUUUUUUAGAAGAGAUUAAGGUGAUCACUUACCUCGAUGUCGCAAAUGUUUAUCUUUUAAAAAUUAACGGACACAAAUUCUUGGUUCCUGUUCAGUAUUCAUGCCAAGUAUAAUUUUUGAUGCAAAGGAUAAGACAGUAGCAAUGACCUUUUCGUUUAUUGGAAGUGACUGGGAACUAUUGUGAUCAUCACCACCUGCUGUCAUUCUACUCCUUAAAUUACUUUUGCAUGCAAUGUAAUGAAAGGAAGUUUACUAACGGGAAAUGAGAUCCUGUAUUGUGAAAGAUCAUAAUUUUGUGUUUUACACCAUUUUCCAUUUUUUUUUCGCUUUUGUUUAAACAUGAAUGGCCUUUUUGUAAGUUUUUAGAAAAUUCAUGGCGAACUGUCGACUGAAGUUUCAUGUUGAAGGGAAGAAGCCCAUUAUUAUCUAAUACUUGCUCAUGGUCUUCUUGAAAAAGGAAACUUUUAUUGCCCUAAUGACUCAAUGUCUGCGUGAUUUGACCACGCCCUAAAAAUGCUCUUGUAUUUUGACCUGUUAGAAGGAACUCUUUCUACAUGAAUGGUCUUUAUUGUAAUUUUUCAGAAGAUUUAUUAUAGGUUAAUUUUUUUAUUCUUGCCUUAAAAGAAACUGCAAUGUUUGUGAAAGUUCUGUUAGGGUAUGAAAUACAUAGGAGUGUUUAUUGAUUUGGUGUGGAUAGGUGUCGUGCUAUUUAUUUGCUAUACUAAGAAUAUACAGAUCACAACUUUUUAGGUCAUUCUUUAACCUUAACAUCUCUUUUCUCGGGUCCUAUCCUUGUUUUCGUGACUAUUGCUAAGAUACUGUGCGGCUCCAUUGUAUUUUGGAAUUUUUUGGAGGACAUUUUGCAGUAUGACAGUUGUAAUGUAUGUUGCUUGGUAUAUGUCGGUCUCCUUGAGGAAGACAUAUGAAUGCAGCCAAAUUGUCCAUUGCCAGAUUUCCUCGACUGUUGGAAAUUUGCGAUGGCAUUCGGAAUAUAGGAGGGGCUGGAAUGUAGUAACUUUUAUUUAGGAAUAUCUCUCGCGAGAGCAAUUCAGUAUUCUUUCUGCAGUUUGAUAACAAAAAAUUAAUCAGUGAAUCGUGCUAAAGCUGUGUGUACCAUUUCCUGUUUAAAUGUGCCAUUUGGAAUUUGUUGGAACGUGUGAGCGUGAUUUGAUUCGACACAGGGCUGGCCAUGAAUCAGAAGCUAUUUUGUAUGACAUCAUAAGAAUAAAACUGAUUUUUACUUGAUGUUUCCGUUCUUGUGAUCCACGCACAACUAUGAUGCCAGAUUCCUGAGAAUUUCUUUUACUGCAUUCCUUAUUUCUCUGAUUUUCCAGCAACACAACAAAGGGUUAAGCGAUGAAUUGAAAUAAAUCAAAGCGACUGCAAAAUAUUGCACCAUCAUCAAUGAAAGGUUUGGUGAGGUCGCUGCAUCAAUAAUGGUAACCGAAAAAACCGGAAAGUUGCAAAUUAUCAUUGCAGCUAAGAGCCACAAUGUCGUGGACACUGUUUUUCUGUAUCGCGACAAGUUCUCGGGCGAAAUCCCAUUGGGCUGGCCUUGUGGAGUGAUUUGAGCUUGAAUGUGAUUUCUAAGAGUGAGGUAGAUUCGCGUAUGACAGUAAGUGGAGAUUAUUAAGCAUAUGGACCACAUUGGGACACUUGAGGCAAUGAAAACGUUGUAGCUUAUGAGGAAUGUCAAGCAGUAAGCAGUAGACACUACCAAAAACAGAGCAACGACCACUCUAGUACGCUGGAUAGUUACAACUUGGCGGUACCUGAUCCCUAACAGCAAAGCAAGAUGUCUGUCCACACUAAUGGCGGUUAUUGACGCAAAGGAAAAUCCGGUAAAGAAUGCGCUAACGAAAUUCCAGAUAAAGCCGCUGAGUAGACAUAGAUUCCAAAGUUGGUACGCAGCGCAUAAAAAGGAUGUAACUGCUGCUGGUUGUACGAGAAGGCCAACACCGAGAUCCGAGAAUGCCAUGCAACGGAGAAAUAAUUUGGACGGAGGAUUAAGGGAGGAUUCUUUUUGAAGUGCAACAAGGAUGAGUGCAUUUCCCAGUGUUGCUGUUAUGGAUGAUGCAAUGUUUAAAGCCAAAAAAACCCCAGUGAAAGUGGAAAAGUUGCGACUGAGGUGACAGUGCAGUCCUGCUUGUUGUGAGUAAUUGAACAUACUCUAACAACGAGGUCAAGAUAAGUGAAAUUCUAAAGUGAUUCCCGUGACUAUAACAGAAACUACGUGAUCAAAAGACAAUGAAAGGAACAACCUUUUUACUCUCUACUUUUCUGUCUUCGAAGUAAUACUGUUUAUCUCAAGAAAGCGGACGUUUGGUGAUUGGAACGAAAAACAUAAUGGCGCAUCUGCCCUCAAAAAUCAAUAGAAUGUGAAUAAUUAAUGAGUUCUUUAGACCAAAUUUCAACGGUAUUUAAUUGAAUUUUACAGUGACUAUAAGUGAGGAUCAUAUUGAUAACGGUUCUAUGCUCUGAUCUUCGUUGUAGAGAUUUUGCAGGUUUCGGUAGAAUUAUGUACGAUUUGUCGGCUUGAUGGCUAAAAUAAUUGUCUUGUAAGAUUAAAUUUACAAAGUUGGUGUCUAUAGUUUGGUAUUAAUGAAAGAUGUUUUUGUCUCGGGGUACAAGGACAAACAGGAAAAGGAACUUUUGUAUUUGCUUAUCUGUUAAGAUCAGCAAAAUAAUCAAUGAUUGCUGGUGGUCCAAAUUGCACCGAGAGAAAUGAGUUGAUUAUUAAGAGAGUGUCUCUGUAAGAGCGGUCCGGUCGAUUUUGCUUGAGACACGGAUUUCGCUCGUUUCUUGUGUGUUGUAACACAUUCAUGUACCUAUACUAAAACAACAAUCAGUUUGAUCGGAUCUCUUUAUUUUUCAGAGUUUUACGGAAAUUAAAUUUCACUCGAGCGAAGGCUUGUCGUAACACUUUUCAAGACUUUAAUUUCAUACAACUUUGGAGGAUAAUUUACAAAAAACUGCGGAACUCAGAAAAAAACAAAUACCACAGCCAUGAAUAUUAACUUUAUCUUAUCUAUCGAGGCGACUUUCGUAAAAAUCACGUUUCAAUCAAGGAAACACGAAGACUUGAAGGACACGUUAUCGGUUCGCCUAAAUCACACACGCCAAAACCGAUCAGAUUCAAGGUAAUUUUUUAAAAAAGUGAGGCGUUCUAAACUGAUCCAACUAACAUAGCUAGGAAGUAGUUAUCAUAGAAAAGGUAACUUCAGAAAAAAAACUUUGCGGCCCGACCUUUACGAGAACUUUAUAACUCCGUGAACUUACCUAAUUUUUGGUAAUCUCCAAGUUUGGCCGCCAUUUUGAGGGACUUGUCAACAUGAAGCGUAACCGAUAUAAAUCGAGCAGGUAGAUCAAAAACCGUCAAAAAUACAUACGAAAGCAAUCCAAAUGAACUUUACUUUCAAUUCAAGCUGCAAAAUUUGAAAUUGUUCGUUAAACUUACCAUCCCCAUGCGACCAUUUCUUCCAACAAUUCAAACACUACAACUAGUGUUCGAAUUCCCCUCGUCGAUUCCACCGUAAGAAAUAACCUGUGCCACCCAAGCUUCGACUCGAAUGUGAAGUACAAAUCAAAUAACAUAACUGCUUCAUCUUCGCGGCAAUAUCACGCUGGUAUUUUGACAUUCGGAUCGACAAGAACGGAGAUCAGGUAGCGAUCGCCAUGUUUACUUCAUAAACGUGAUCGCUGACCAGCCGCUGAGUGAAAACAGUACGGUUCAGUGGUGAGGGUGGGGUGAGGGGUGGGUGCGGGCAGAUUAUCAGAAGAUUUUUGGGAACAUUCGAACAUAUGCAUUAAAGUAUCACAAUCAUUUGCGGUCAGUUUUCCUCAGUUUGUAUGAUUCUCAUUAACCAGUAUGGUUAAAUUUGCAGGCUAAAACACCCCUUAUUUGAUUAAGAAUAAUAAAAUUAAACUGUGCAUCACGGUUUUCAAUUCCUGAUGGAUGCUACGGGGCUUUACUUUAACUGAGAAGUUUGCAAUCGCUUACCUCAGCUCUCUGUGUCCCAUACCGUAAGAGGCACAAGAAAAAAGUUGAUGAUAGUGAGUCUUGGCUGAGACAAGAAGAAUCAGAGAAGAAUCUACGGUCCCCAGAAACGCCACUUUUAAACACGAGACAACUAAUGUAAAUUGAAUUAAGGGGUAUUUGUUUUAUUGAAAACUAUCGUUUAGGUUAUAAGAUACGCGAAUAACUCUCCCCACCGAUUUUUUCUUACAUUCUGAUAAUCAAAAGUUUCAAUAAUUAUAAAGGCUUUCUUGUUGAUCGUCUUAAUAGUAACAGUUUCCAGGAUCCAAGGGGAGCAAAAGAGAGAACAAUUUUCUUUUGUGUAGUUGUGUAGUUAGGUAAGGCGACAUGCCGGCUUUAUACUUCUUCCGGCGUGAUAACGAUAAUGAUGACAACAAUGGGUAAAAAGCACCGUCCGCUAUUGAUGACGAUUAUCAUAGUUAUAAACAAAUCUCAGUUAUAGUCCUGAAAAAAAUCUCAGGGGGUCCUUUGAACCAUCCACUUCCUCUCGCCAGAAGUCAAAGUUGCCUACACUCAUUCUAAGGUUCGUGCGAUUUUACGAUGAAUUUUCAAUUCCGGUGUGUUGCACGCGCGACUUUUGAUAGGAAAAACCUGCACGCGCCUUAACUUGAAAGAACGUGUCGGUGGAAUGAAUCAAAUCUCUAUCAUUUUGCAUACAUUCUUGGGAACGGCAAAAAUUACUUAGUACAAACAUUCUAAGUAUAGUGUUCAUUCCGUGCAAUGGGGCAUAAAUAAAAGGUUCUGGUGGAAAAUACACCUUAUUUUAUACCACUGAUGACGGGCAAAAAGGUUAUAUGGGUACCCCGGUUAAAAAUAUAUUGUUAACUCUAUUAUUUAAUACCAGCUCUAAUUUAAAGGAGAAAGUUAUGAAAAUAAAAUAAAAGUUGUCUGUACCACGAAGCAUGCCUUCAUUGUUUAGACUGAUGGUCCUAAAGCUUUUUAAGCAUGUAUUCGAAUAUCAUAUGACGAUAAGUCCGCCACCCAUCCCACCCUGCGCUACACUGUUUUCACUCAGCGGCUGGUCAGCGGUCACGUUUAUGAGGUAAACACUCCGAUCCAUUCCUGAUCACCGUGCUUGUCGAUCGGAAAAUCAAAAUACCAGCGUGAUAUUGCCGCGAAGAUGAACACUAGUCGUAGUGUUUGAAUUGUUGGAAGAAAUGGUCGUAUGUUUAACGAACAGUUUCAAAUUUUGUUAUUUUUGAAUUGAUUUUUAUCUACCUGUUUAUAUCGGUUACAUUCGAAAAUGGCGGCCAAACUUGUCCGAAAAUUAGGUUGAGUAUAAAGUUCUCGUAAACUACUUCCUAGAUUAUUUUAAGAUCGGUUUUGAUCGGUUUUGGCGUGUGUGAUUUAGGCGAACCGAUAAGGUGUCGUUCAAGUCUUCCUGUUUCCUUGAUUGAAACGUGAUGUUUACGAAAGUCGCCUCAAUAGAUAAGAUAAAGUUAAUAUACAUGGCUGUGGUAUUUGUUUUUUUCUGAGUUCCGUAGGUUUUUGUAAAUUGUCCUCCAAAGUUGUAUGAAAUUAAAGUCUUGAAAAGUGUCACGACAAGCCUUUGCUCGAGUGAAAUUUAAUUUCCGUAAAACUCCGAAAAGUAAAGAGAUCCGAUCACACUGAUUGUUGUUUUAGUAUAGGUACAUGAAUGUCUUACAACACACAAGAAACGAGCGAAAUCCGUGUCUCAAGCAAAAUCGACCAAUUUCCAAUUUUCUUCAAAGGUUUUGAUUUUUUGGCUCGAUGCCCUAAUCUUCAUCCUUUGAAAAUUCGUGGUUCCUGUUCAGUAUUUAUGCAAAGAGCACUAAUGAUUCAAAGAAUAAGCAGAUAGCUAUGGCCUUUUCGCCUAUCGGAAUUAAGGGCUACGUGCUGUCAUUGCACUCCUUAAAUUACGCUUGCAGGCAAUGUAAUGAAAGGACGUUUGAUAACGGAAGAGCCAAAUAAUUAUGAAGCUGCACUUUCUUCUGUAUGGAUUGUUGAGCCUGUGUUAGUAAUUAAAUGUAUGUCAGGAAAUAGUCCUCCAAUUCAUUUUCCAUGUUGUUAGUGUAUUUAGCCCUUUGAGAAGGAAGUCUUUAAACAUGAAUGAUCUUUCUUGUAAGGUUUUAGAAAAUUUACAACAAGUGUUUCUUUUUAUCCUUGCUUUUUAUGAGACUCCAGUUUUCGUUAAAGUGCUCUUAGGGUAUGGAAUACGUUGGAAUGUUUAUAAAUUUGGUGUGGAUAGUUAUGGUUAUCAUACCAUAAGCAAAGUAUAUUGCCUGGUGUAUGUCGAUCUCCUUAAAAAGGCAUAUUAGCUGUGUUCUUUAUUAUUUCUGAGUUACGAAAGGUGAAUGAAACAAAAUUUUCUAUUGGCAGAUUUUAUCGACCUUUUUGGAAAUUUACUGUCGCAUUCCGAAGAUAGGGGGUGCUAGAGCUCUGUAGUUUUUAGCGAAAAAUAUCUCUUCGCUUGGAUCAAAGGAUUUGGAUUCAGUAUAUUGAUUUUAUCCCACUGAUUGAUUCUAUUUUGGACUUGAAUUGGUAAUUUUACCCUGGUUUAUGGUCAAAAUAAUGUGAAGAUCAUUUUCAUAAUAUUUUUGUGAUAUGACGGGCCGCUCAAGGAAGAAAAAGGAAGCCUUCCGUUAUUUUCGGAGGCUGAGAUGAUUUUUCAGCUCGAUGUAUUAAAUAAUUGUCCUUUAAAAUUUCAUUGAUUUAACGUGCUGGUUGAUUUUAGCGAAGUGCUGUUAUUUUCUCAAGGAUAAUCAGUAAUGCUGUAUUCGUGUAAUGGAAACAGUGGAGUACCUCUAUGAAAAUUAUUUCUGUCGUCAUUGAACACCUUAAAUUACUUUUCCUUGCGACAGAUUAACAGGAAGGUAGUUAAAGAUAAAUGGAAGUUUCUCCAUAGGGAGCAUUUUGAUCGCAGGGCCUGUGUUAUUUAUUACUUUGAACACUAGGAAUGAGUAUUUUUAUUUUGAAAAUUAAAACGUUGCUUUGUCUCUGAAAACCCUCGCAUUUGCACACUCUUAGUAAUAUAAUUAAUGAGCUAGUUGGACAAAAUUUGGCAUAUGAAGUGAAGACAAGUGAAACUCUUUUUGAUAUCGGUGUCUGUUGAAUCGGUCUGCCAAGGAGUAAAAAUGACCCAAGUCUUUUCUUGGCGUCGCUAGUUCUGAGGUUAGUGUUAGCUUUCCCCAGAUUGAAUUUAUUUUUACUGCAAGGUUUUAUGUCAAUGGUUGACUUGACAACGCGCCACCAAUUUUUGUUUCUAUUGAAUUGAUUCCAUCGGACUUGAGGAAUUAAUGUAGUGUGACGUAAUUGACAUGGAAUAAUUAUUCAGUAAUCUUGACAUCGCAGCCGAAACACUUUAUUUACAGCCUAAGAUUUUCCAGAGUUUCUUUGACUGCAUUUCUAAAAUCCUUGAUCUUCCAGCAGUACAGAAUGGGACCAACUGUAGAAUUUAGAUAAAGCAAAGUUUUGCAAACAAGUUACGUGUUAUAGGAGAAAAGCUUAAUGGAGAACUGACAGAAGAACCGGCAAUAUUAAAUUAAAGAUUGAUAUGUAAGGAAGGUAACUGAUUAUCAUCGCAGCUAAAACCCAUAAAGCGCUGGACACUGUUAUUUUGUAUCGCACCAAGAGCAAGGCUGCAAUAUCCCAUUGAGGUGGCCUUGUGGAGUAAUUUGAGCCUGAAUGUGAUUUUUGAGAGUGAGAUAGAUUCGCGUGUAACAGUGGGUGGAGACAACUAGCCAUAAAGAACAUAUUAUGACGUGAAAGACGAGAGAAGCAAAUUCGUUCGUAAAUAAUAGGAAGCAGGUUCCUGUGAAAACCAACAACAACAAAACAACUAGAAAGCGAGCUCGUUUUAUUGUCACAACUUGGCGAUACCUGAUUCCCAAAGACAACGCAAGAAGCCUGUCCGCACUAAUUGCAUUGGCAGUCGAAACUGAAAUCACGCACAUGAAUGAGUUGGAGAAAAGCCAGAGUUUCUCCAUGAGAUAACAAGAAGACCAACAUCAAGAUCCGAGAAUGCCAAGCAACGAAGAAGUACUUUGGGAGGACACCUAGUAAAGUACAGCCAGGAUUUAUACAUUUCCCAAAGUUGCUGUAAUGAAUGAUGCAAUGUUUAUCCCUGUUAGAACCAAAAAUAGAGCAGAAACCUGCGAAGAGUUGUUAUGACUAACGAUAAUUUGGCUACAGAUCGCUGAGAUAUCGACCGUAAUUAAACUGUGAUCUUUCCCUGAAACUCUGGAAUGAAAGUUUUGACCUCAAACCUCUUUGCUGAAUUUCCAGCUUUAGAUAAAUUUCCUUAGCCCAACAAAAGCUUCUUCUGAUCUUUGUCAAGAUUUCAUGGCAAGCUUACGUUCUUUACAUCUUGUUGAAAGCUUACAAGUACACGCACUUAAGUUGUGUAGAGGUUCACAACUGAAUCUGCCGUUUUUAAUGAAGGAGCUGAGACCCCACUGCUGUUUACAAAAAUGUUCGGAAUAAUUUACAAAAGGUUUUUGGAAAUGAACAUUUACUCUUUGACAUUCAAUAGAUUUUGAGGGGAAAAUAUUAACUUAUAUCAAUCGAAACCUGAGACGCAAGAAAGCGAUAAUUACUUGGACACCGCUGUAUUUCAGAUUGACCUUCCUUUUGUUUUCCUGAUCUGUUUUGUUCUCUUUUACUCGAUUUGGUAGUCGUAGGAAAAUGUAUUUUCCUUAAUUAUGUAAUAAAUUUAUUCACGUAACGUGCCAUAGUGACCUCAUAAACAGAUUCUAUCUUAAAAUCUCACUCAAAAUGAAGUAUUCAAGUUACCAUUCCCAGUAAAUAGGAAGAAUAGCCUAUUAAGGGGGUUAAAAGAAAAAUUACGCACUCUCGUUAUCUCAAACGAUAUAACGAGAAAUUAACGCUCUUGAAUGAUCUGCCUGUUUCUUAGGAAAGGAAAAUGUUUAAUUUUGUAGCAUGGUGCAAAUUUGGUGCAAUUAUGUUUAUUUAUGCGGUGAGACGAUCUUCGCAAGUGUUAGAUGGCUUACUCAACAAGCAGAAUCGAUUCACUUUUAGGAAACGGGAAACAGAGAAACUUUUAGAUUGUUUGCACAGUACAACUCUUAUGCAAUAGGUUAGUUGCGGACAAAUGUUAUCAGUUCAUGAACGUUUCCCGUUCCGAAGAGCAACAGGUAGCGCCAACCUUUUUAAUUUUGCUUGAGAUAUGCAAGUAAUAUUAAUCCAGUCCAUGUAUCUUAUUGCGUCCUUGCCUGACUACUUUUUCUCAUUUAUAGCAAAGUGAGAUAGCUGUCCAGCACCAUGGCUUCAUGGUAAGUCAACAAAAUUGUGUUUGUUUGUAAAAUGUUGGGAAUAAGAGAGUAGUAUUGUACUUACAUUUACACGCGACGCCAUUUUACGUUACAGUGUGAUGGCUGUGGAAUGAAUCCAAUAUCAGGCACAAGAUGGCACUGUACUGACUGCUCAAAAGAUGUUAGUGUUGAUUUGUGCACGGAGUGCGCAGAAAGGUAAUUGAGUUGUAAUCGCCAUCUUGAAAUUUUACUACUCGUGUUUUUAUGCUUAAUAUCAAAGGGAAAAGAAGGGAAGUUUUUCUUGAUAGGAGAAUACCCUAUGACCAGACGUAUUUUUCAGCACUGUUCCUUUUCAUUACCUUCUUCAUUUACAUGGUAUCGCUCAGUUAACAUCACAGUGACAACAAAGCUCUUUGAUUUGCACAGCCUGCUCACAAAUGUUUAAUCUGUUUUACAGGGGAAAUGUGAAUGUGGGUGUUCACACAAGUGAACAUCACCUGGAACCAGUGUAUUCUAGUUCUACGUUUUUCGUGGAUGGAGACUAUCUUGGACUCAGCAGAGGCAGCACUAGUGCUGGUUAUAAUUACCUGGAUACCAAUUUCCUACCCUCUACUGCCAGCUAGCACAAAAGAGCACAAGGUGUAAAGCGCUUUACCCAAUCUGAGCCAAGACAGGCUUGUAUUCGGCGUCCUACGCGGGAAAAUUCGGAAACAAGAAGUGGCUGUCGUGUUUCGUCUAGCUCCUGAUUGGUUACUUCUAGAGCAUACUGAUCCUGAUUAGUCGGUCCCUAUGAGAUUCGCGUUCUUAAGUGACAAAUCGUGACAGGUCUAUUAACUUGUUGAAAGAAUAGGUUCCAGAUGUUCAGUUUUCGCCUGAAAAACAUUCUGAGCAGUUUUUGUCACUGAUUCUUUAUCAUUCUCUUUACUAAGGGUCUGAAAACCAGACCUAAAGAUAAUGACGAGGGCCAGUCACACGUAAGCUGAACACAUCAAUCUAGUUAGGAACUGUUAUUGAGUGUAUGAAUUGACCAUUUCACAUCUGUGUACUU